UUUGUUCACCUAAAUAACCGUAAAUUUGGGUUAAAUUUCUGGUGUCACGUGAUACAAAAAAUCUAGGACACGAGAAGUAAACUCAGCAUGGCAGAUCGUGGCAAGCCGCCGAGACCGAAAAGUGGCAACAAGAAACGACCCCCUAGACAGAAACGAAAAAAUGAAGGAUCAUCAGAUGCUGGUGGAGAUACUGGUUCAAAUACAAACCCUGACACACCAGAUAAUGGACUCUCCCCUGAGGAAAGUCUGGAAAGAGAGCUGGUGUGGUGUAUUCAGCAGCUUGAAGCUGGCCUGGCAUCACAGAAAGCAGAUUCUAAACAAGUGCAAGACUCGCUGAAAAUCCUCAAGACUCUUAAGAACCCUAAGGCACCACUUGUGAAGAAACGGCAAAUGAUGCGCAUGACAUUUGGCGAUUAUAGAAAGAAAAUGCAAGAAGAAGAGAAACGAUUUGCUGCAAGUGCCAAGAAAAUCUGCCUCAAACCAGCACCCCAGAAACACUCCCAGAAAUCAAGUACUUUCCUUAGAAAGUCUCAGCAUGUCAAUAGUCAAGGCCAGACAAAUGAUUCACAGAACUCCAACACAUCUUGUGGCUCUAUAAUGUCCAAUAUCGGAUCUGGAUUUAAGUUCAGUUUUCAGUUAAACUCAGACAAAGAAGGAGAUUCAUCAGAAAAGUCAGCUGUGGGUGAUGUAAUAAUGGAAAACGAGAGGGAACCUGCUGUUACAAAAGUGGAUUCAAAUGCAAGUGUCAAUUACUACAGAAUGAUGCCCAGUGGGCAAAACUUUACAUUCAAUUUCUCAGCAGGAGAAACAGAGAACAAUAAUGAUCUAAUAGUUGAUACAAAAGUGAAACCCACAGGUAGUGACAGGAGAAUUGACAAGGCCAGCACCAAAGGUAGCAGUGAAAUAAGUCACCAGGGUGGAAGGCAACAAGGAGAGACUGAAAGCAAUGCAACAGGUGCUGUUCAGCACUCUACUACUUACCCUUUGAGUGUUGUUACUGAUGAAAAUUCUGCCAAAUUUGCUGCCAUGGAAAUAUCAGAAAGCUCUUGAUGUUUGUUACAGGGAACUAAAUGCAGUGCAUUUGGCAAUGAGCACUGAAAAAGUUAAUAAAACUGAGCAAAAAUAGAUGGAGCAAUGUGUCAGAUGUUUACGCAAAAACUGGAUGACCAAGACAAGACCAACUUUGAGUUCCUGGCCAUACAAAUUGAUGAAAUAGGGGAAAAUGAAAUCAUUAUGUUUAUUUAAAUAAGCCAAAGAGAACAGGGCAUUACAUAAGUUGGAUAUGCUCAGAAUGAUAAGGAAAGUAAUAAAUGGUGCACUUUUCAUUUACUGGAGAUGGCUUCGUUUUCUUUUUUCUGCAGCAGAAGAUACACUGA